GAAAAGAGAAAGCGAGGAGUUGCAGACAAGGAGGAGGGAGGACCCGGUCCAUUACUUUUCUUCCUUUUUUCUCAGUCCACUCUCUCUCUCUCUCCCUCUCAUCUUUUUCUCUCUCCAGAAUUUCCCCAAUCCUCUCUCCUUCGCAUUUUCCUUCGCCGUCGUCAUCGGAAUCCGGAAAUUCCGGUUUCUGUUAUUCCGUCAUUCGGCGGAUUCUUCUCGCCGGAGAGAGGUUAGGUUUUGGUUUCCGUUCGAGAUCCGGCCGAGCUCGGAAUUUUGAUCGGAAUUGUGAUCCAAUUGGAGACCGGUUUGGAUCCGGUCGAGGAAGAAACAGCGCCACCGGCCGAUGGCGCUGUUCAGAAGGUUCUUUUACCGGAAGCCGCCGGAUCGGCUUCUAGAGAUUUCUGAACGGGUUUACGUUUUUGACUGCUGCUUCUCCACCGAUGUGUUGGAAGAAGACGAGUACAAAGUGUACUUGGGUGGCAUUGUAGGCCAGCUACAGGACUACUUCCCUGAUGCUUCCUUCAUGGUGUUUAACUUUAGAGAAGGGGAUAGACGGAGCCAAAUUUCAGAUGUGUUGUCUCAGUAUGACAUGACAGUUAUGGAUUACCCUCGGCAAUAUGAGAGUUGUCCUCUGCUGCCGCUGGAGAUGAUUCAUCACUUUCUUCGGUCAAGUGAAAGUUGGUUGUCAUUGGAGGGGCAACAGAAUGUGUUGCUGAUGCACUGUGAAAGAGGAGGAUGGCCUGUGCUUGCCUUUAUGCUUGCUGGUCUUUUGCUAUACCGUAAAAAUUACACAGGGGACCAGAAGACUCUUGAUAUGGUUUACAAGCAGGCUCCUAGACAGCUUCUCCAUCUCUUGACUCCUUUGAAUCCUCAACCCUCACAGCUUAGAUAUCUUCAGUACAUUUCACGGAGAAAUCUGGGUGCUGAUUGGCCUCCGUCAGAUACACCUCUAUGGUUGGAGUGUCUGAUGCUUAGAAACCUUCCACUUUUUAACGAUGGAAAAGGUUGCAGGCCCUUCAUACGAGUAUAUGGUCAAGACCCUUCAACACCGGCUAACAGAAGUUCUAAGCUUCUCUUUUCAAAUUUAAAGACACAAAAUAAUACUCACCACUAUGUACAGGCAGAAUGUAUGCUGGUGAAAAUGGAUAUCCGUUGUCGUGUUCGAGGGGAUGUGGUAGUUGAGUGUAUCCACCUGGAUGAAGAUCUGGUUCGUGAGGAGAUGAUGUUCAGAGUUAUGUUUCACACAGCAUUUGUACGGUCGAAUAUAUUGAUGCUCAGCCGUGACGAUAUUGAUAUUCUUUGGGAUGCUAAGGAACAGUUCCCAAAGGACUUUAGAUCAGAGGUACUUUUUUUGGACGCGGAUGCUGUUCUGCCUCAUAUCACCACAGUUGUGGCAAGUGAUGAUGGAAAUGAGGCAGGGACUGCUUCACCUGGAAAUGAGGAAUUUUAUGAGGUGGAAGAUAGUUUCAGCAAUGUCAUAGAAGGGCCUGAACAUGUAAAUCAGAAAGAAGUCGGGAAGGACGAUAUAGAGCCUCACUCAUUCCAAGACUGUGCGUCAGAUGAUGGGAACCACAAAAAGGACAUAAUUGUGGAUUGGACAACUGACGCGGUGAAGGACAUCGCUGUGGAUGAUGUAAGAUACAAGCUGGAAGAGGUGGAUUCAAUUCUAGAUGCAGUGAAAGACAUUGCUGUGGAUGAUGGGGAUACAAACUCGAAUUUCAUUUUAAUUUCUGCUGAUAUUCCAAUUCAUGAAGAAACUAAGGAAGUGGCAGAUGAGGUGUGUGAAAAUUUUGAAGAGAUAAAAGAUAUAACUGAUGGAGAAGACUCGUUUACACAGAAGCUAGAGACCAAGCUCAUACAAGCCGAGGUCUCCAGACAAAAAUCUGAGAAUUUGCAGCCACCCACUUCUAAACCUGCAAUGAACUCAAAAACAGCUUCAGAAACUACACUUAUAAAACAGAAGGCUAAACAGCAAGAGACUCAGGGGUCGUCAACAAGAAUAGCAAAACCAAAUGCAGUGUCCAGGUGGAUUCCUCCUAACAAAGGCUCGCAUACUACUUCAAUGCACGUUUCAUAUCCACCAUCAAGAUAUAAUAGUGCACCAGCUGCUUUUGCCAAUUCCGCUCCUUCAAAAAAUACGAAUGCAAACACCAAGUUGAGGGCUCCUUCGGUUAAUACUGCAUCUGGAACUGCACCGAGGGAUGUGGCAAGUAAACUGAAAAAUAGUAAUGAUGUUCCUCUAAAGCAUUCAGAAUCAGCACCAGACACAGUUGCUUCCUGCCUGCCAUCAAUAGUUCCUCCAAAUCAAGAGACACAUGCUUCGUCUGUUUCCCCGCCACAUAUUAGCUCACAGCAAGUAGUGGCCGUUCCAACACCUACACCUCCUCCUCCACCACCACCACCACCACCACCCCCACCUCCUCCUCCUUUAUUAAGUCAUAAUGUGGUGUCGUUAAAGCCCUCUUCUCCUCCCCCUCCUCCGCCUCCUCCCCCUUUACCUAGUAGUGGGCAGGAUACUGGUAUACCUGUGCCCCCUAUAGCUCCACCAGCUCCUCCUCCCUCCCUUAAAGCAAGUGGCCAAAGCAGUGGCACCAUAUUGCCUUCGCAACCUUCAUCAUCCCUUUGGAAGGUUGGGUACUCUACAGCCUACCGGGUUUUGGGUACGCAAACAUCUCCUUCACCUCCUGUUAAGGAUGCUUUAAGUGCUUUAAAACUCAGUGUUGGGAUCCCUACACCACCACCACCACCUCCCACACAUGGAGCUACACCACCACCACCACCUCCCACACAUGGAGCUACACCACCUCCACCACCCCCACCUCUUUCACGUGGAGCUCCAUCUCCACCACCGCCACCACUGCCUCCAACCUUGAGAACUAUACCUCCACCACCUCCACCACCUCCACCACCUCCACCUUCCUUACAUGGAGCUCCGCCUCUCCCACCCCCUCCUCCUCCGUAUGGAGUUCAACAGCCAUGUUUAGUGCAAGGUGCUCCAUCUCCACCUCCACCACCACCUCCUCCUUUGUAUGGGGCACAAUCACCACCUUUAGUGCAAGGUCCAUCUCCACCUCCUCCACCACCACUUCCAGGAGCUCCACCUAUGCCACCACCUUCAAUACAUGGAGCCCCACCUCAAUUGCCAUCUCCUUCAACUGGUGUCCCACCUCCUCCACCCCCUCCAAUGCGUGGGGCCCCACCACCACCUCCUCCACCACCCGGUGGAAGUCGGGCGCCCCUGCUUCCCCCUCCACUGGGUGGAAGUCGGGCGCCCCCGCCUCCCCCGCCACCUGGUGGAAGUCGGGCGCCCCCGCCUCCCCCGCCACCUGGUGGAAGUCGGGCGCCCCCGCCUCCCCCGCCACCUGGUGGAGGUCGAGCACCCCCACCACCUCCAGGAGCUCGUGGUCCUGGUCCUCCAGCUCCAGGUGGUGCUCCACCACCACCACCUCCGUUGGGUGCCAAAGGUACUGAUGCAAGAGGCCUUCCUUCUGGAAGAGGGCGUGGAUUGGCACGUCCAGGGAUGGGCCCUUCUGCUACAGCACCUCGAAGGUCCUCUUUAAAACCACUACAUUGGAGUAAAGUGACAAGGGCAAUACAAGGAAGCUUGUGGGAUGAACUGCAAAGACAUGGAGGAAAUCAAAUUGCGCCUGAAUUUGAUGUGUCAGAGAUAGAGAGCCUUUUCUCUGCAACAGUUCCAAAACCUGCUAACAAAUCUGGAGACCGGCGCAAGUCUGCUGGAUCCAAACCGGACAAAGUCAACCUGAUCGACCUGAGAAGGGCAAACAACACUGAAAUUAUGCUCACAAAAGUUAAGAUGCCGCUACCCGAUAUGAUGGCUGCCGUUUUAGCAAUGGAUGAGUCGGUAUUAGAUUCUGAUCAGGUGGAAAAUCUAAUAAAGUUUUGUCCUACGAAAGAGGAGAUGGAACUUCUCAAGAACUAUACUGGUGACAAGGAGACCCUGGGAAAGUGCGAACAGUAUUUUUUGGAGUUGAUGAAAGUGCCUCGGGUGGAGUCAAAACUAAGAGUAUUUUCUUUCAAGAUUCAGUUCAGCUCACAGGCCUCAGAAUUUAAAAAAAGCUUAAACACAGUAUACUGUGCAUGCGAGGAGGUACGAAAUUCCCAAAAGUUCAAGGAAAUUAUGAGUAAAAUUCUUUUUCUGGGGAAUACAUUGAACCAAGGAACUGCAAGGGGUUCUGCUGUUGGAUUUAAGUUGGACAGUCUCCUGAAGCUCGCUGAUACUCGCGCUUCUACUAGUAAGAUGACACUCAUUCAUUAUCUCUGUAAGAGUCUUGCUUCCAGAUCUCCUGAACUUCUUGGUUUUCAUGAGGACCUUGUCAACUUGGAACCUGCUACAAAGAUUCAAUUGAAGUCUUUAGCAGAAGAAAUGCAAGCUUUAACCAAGGGGUUAGAAAAGCUCAAGCAGGAGCUGGUGGCUUCAGAAAAUGAUGGCCCUGUUUCAGAGGUUUUCCGUACGACAUUGGAGGAGUUUAUUACUGUUGCUGAGACUGAAGUGGCAUCUCUGACAAAUCUAUAUUCUGUGGUGGGUAGAGCGGCUGAUGGACUUGCAUUAUAUCUUGGUGAGGAGCCCUCCAAAUGCCCAUUUGAGCAAGUUACUGCGACUCUUCUAAACUUUGUGAGGUUGUUUAAGAAAGCACACGAAGAGAAUUGCAAACAGGCUGAAUUGGAUAAGAAGAAGGCUGAGAAGGAAGCGGAAAUGGAAAAGGCCAAGGGUGUUAACCUUACGAAAAAAACAACAAAAUAGUGUGAAGAUUAUAGUCAUUCUACCACUGCAUGGGACAUUGAACUCCUGCCAUACAGCAGAGUUCGGCUCCAAUAUUGCUAACUGGCAGUGGCCCCGUAUAUUGCUUCGAGGACGACCCUGGUCAGAAUCCUUUUCACAGUACUUGUGCCAGGAAAAACCCUCCUCCAAGUUGAUUCGAAUGAGUGGAAAGGGGCACUACUCGAGUCCUGCAGCCUUUGAACUAUGCAAGCAGCUCUACUGUACAUGCUUCGCAAGAUGUUCAAUACAAUGAUGGUCAACUAAUCAAUGACAUUGGAUAUUAUACAGACUGGACUUUGGCAUUCGGCUGCUCUCAAUAAGUAAUUGAGAAGCAAUGGUAUUUCUACUUUCUGGAUACCAAUCAGACCUGCCCCCCUCAGGCCUCCUUCUGAUCAUAAUUUUCUGAAGUCUUGUUCAGCUUUGGCAAUUUGGUUUCGUCUUUGGCCACUUGAGCUGCACAGAUUUUACAGCACCAGGGAAGAUGCCAUCGGGAUUGUAAAUUAAAGCACAUGUUCCCGGUUACCGCGAAACCAUGUACAAGUCACUAACCCUCUCCUUAGUUUAGAAUUCAAUUCAUUUUUCCUGUAACAUAUAACAGUAGUUCCUUUCUCCUCGUGUUUCCAUUGAAAUUUUGCAUAGGAUGACCCAGUUGCGUUAGAUGUUGUAUAGGUAUCAGGCUCAGGAGACUAGAAGACUAGUGUAAUUGUAAAAUAACCAAUAGGCUGACUUAGAUUAGUUGGAACUUGGAAGUAUACUAAUUCAUGAAAGUUCCGGUGUAUAGAAAAUGACGGUUUUUGCCAACUCCGGUUUUCCUUCUACUUUCACGUCAUUCAUGAUAAUUUUGAUGUCAGAUUUGGUCAU